AUGGCUUCGUGCAAACCUUCGGCUACACCCGUUGAGGUCAAACCGAAGGACAGUUCUACAGGUUCUCCUUGUACCGAUCUUACAUUGUAUCGUAGUCUUGCAGGAGCCUGGCAGUAUCUUACUUUUACUAGACCAGAUGUAUCAUAUGCGGUCCAACAGGUUUGCUUACAUAUGCAUGAUCCGAAAGAGAGUCAUAUGGCGACUCUCAAACGUGUCAUUCAAUAUGUUCAGGGCACUAUUGACCAUGGUUUGCAUCUGUAUCCGUCCUCUAUUUCAUCUCUUGUGUCAUAUACAGAUGCUGAUUGGGUCGGAUGUCCGGAUACUAGACGGUCCACAUCUGGAUAUUGUGUGUAUUUGGCUGAUAAUUUGGUUUCUUGGUCCUCGAAACGGCAACCGACUCUAUCUAAGUCUAGUGCCGAGGCAGAGUAUAGGGGCGUUGCUAAUGUGGUUUCUGAGUCAUGUUGGCUUCGAAACUUACUUUUGGAGUUACAUUGUCCGAUUAAAAAGGCAACAUUGGUGUAUUGUGACAAUGUGAGUGCUAUUUAUCUUUCUGGCAAUCCGGUGCAUCAUCAACGAACAAAGCCUAUAGAGAUGGACAUUUUGUUUGUUCGGGAAAAGGUAGCACGUGGUGAGGUGCGUGUUCUUCAUGUUCCUUCUAGGCACCAAAUUGCAGAUAUUUUUACAAAGGGGCUCCCUCGUGUACUUUUUGAAGAUUUCAAGGAUAGUCUAAGUGUUCGCCCUCCUCCCGCUUAG